AUGACCGCAGAUGACGAAGAUUCUAAUGGAUCUGUUCACAACCUCGCCAAUGGCAAGAUCGACGACUACAGGCAUCUCCUUGGAUCUACAGAGGACACGCCGGCCUGGAGUGCAGAGUCUCCUACCGACUCAGUCAACAAUGACACUCGACCCCCCUCGCUGAGGCAGUCCUCCCUCUCCCACCCUCGACCCGAUGGCACUCCCCGAACGACGAACCGAGUGCGGUUCGACAUCGACGAGUCAUCGAAUACCCAAGCUCGAGAAGAUUGGGUUGAAGAGGAGGAUUACCUCACUUCUCCCAGCCAGCAUGCUCCUCUAUUGACAGACAUCACUCCCCCAACCGAGUCUCCCUUUCUCUCCGAAUCCUUUCAGCCAGAAGACCACUUGCCUGAUGCUAGACCCAAGAGUGGAAUGCGCAGUGCGUUUAUGAACAUGGCCAAUUCGAUCAUUGGGGCGGGGAUUAUAGGCCAGCCGUAUGCAUUUCGGCAAGCUGGCAUGACCAUGGGAAUAAUACUGCUGGUAUCGCUGACAGUCACGGUGGACUGGACGAUUCGCUUGAUCGUCAUCAACAGCAAACUGUCGGGAGCAGAUUCCUUUCAGGCGACCAUGCAGCAUUGCUUUGGGUCCAGUGGGUUGGUCGCCAUUUCGGUUGCACAGUGGGCGUUCGCAUUUGGCGGCAUGAUUGCUUUUUGUAUAAUUGUUGGAGACACCAUCCCGCACGUUAUCGAAGCAUUGAUCCCCGGACUGAGGGAUAUCCCAUUUCUAUGGCUUCUGACCGACCGAAGAGCUGUCAUAGUCCUUUUCAUUCUGACUAUCAGCUGGCCGUUGAGUCUUUACAGGGAUAUUGCAAAGCUCGCAAAAGCAUCUACACUGGCGUUGAUCAGCAUGAUGAUCAUCAUUGUGACGGUUGUCACGCAGGGAGCCAUUGUCGAUUCGGAACUGCGGGGGAGUCUGAAAGGGCUGCUCUUCGUCAAUGAUGGAUUCUUUCAGGCCGUUGGAGUGAUUUCGUUUGCUUUUGUCUGCCAUCAUAAUUCCCUACUGAUCUACGGCUCUCUCAAAACACCUACCCUAGACCGAUUUUCCACUGUGACCCAUUACAGCACCUUCAUCUCCCUGAUUGCCUGCCUCGUCAUGGCUCUAGCGGGGUUUCUCACGUUUGGCGACAAGACCAAGGGCAACGUCUUGAACAAUUUCCCGUCGCAGGGGCAUGUGGUGGUUCAGAUCGCCCGAUUGUGUUUUGGGCUCAACAUGCUCACCACCCUUCCCCUCGAGUGUUUUGUUUGCAGAGAAGUCAUGAACAACUAUUGGUUUCCCGAGGAGCCCUACCAACCCAACCGACAUUUAAUCUUUAGCAGCGCCCUUGUGGUCAGUGCCAUGGCCAUCAGCUUGAUCACGUGUGACCUGGGGGCCGUUUUCGAGCUGAUCGGGGCGACGAGUGCGUGUGCGCUGGCUUACAUUCUACCGCCGUUGUGUUAUAUCAAGCUCAGCACUAGAAGCUGGAAGACGAUACCAGCCGUGGCCUGCAUUGUGUUUGGAUUUGCGGUCAUGGGUGUGAGUUUGGUGCUGGCCAUGAAGAAGAUGAUCAAAAACGAGGAGGAGCCCCAUCAGUGUUAG